AGAACAUAAUUAUGCGUGGCAAAUGCGUGAAGAAAUGACUUCGGCUUGAAAAAUGGCAAACUUUGAUGUACUCGUUUUUGUUUUGUGUUCUUUUCUUUUUCCAGGGCUCCCCCAUCUUCAGUAAAGGACAGUACCUUCUGUUGCCUGCCCCUUUUGAACGCAUCAACGUUCACAUACGAGGAGGACACAUUGUACCCCAGCAGGCGGCCAGUUUGACAACCACUCAGUCCCGCUUCAAUGCAUUCUCCCUGACGGUGGCGCUGUCCAGGGAUGGUGCGGCUCGAGGAGAGCUCUUUUGGGAUGACGGCGAUAACCUGAACACGUUUGAGACCGACGACUACUCUCAUAUUCUCUUCCUUUCGAACAAGAACAUGCUAGUAAGUGAGCCUCUGAAGUUGAACAGCGCCAUUGAUGGCCUUGCGUUGCGGCAGGUGAGGAUAUUUGGGGUCCCUUCUCCUCCAAAGAGGGUUGUUGUGAAUCAGCAGACCACAGCAGACUUCUCCUACCGUUCCGACACCAAGGUCCUGACUUUGCCGAGUCUCAGUCUGCUGAUGAGUGACGCUUUUGAAAUACAGUGGCUGUAAUGAAAGAACAGGGACAACGGGAGAAACAAAAGGGAGAAGCUUUUCUUCACUGUGCCAAAAAUCCAAAAGACUGCAGGCAGUCGUGCCAGACUUUCAUCUUGGUGAUCUGAAAGACAACAACUGCAAAGCCGUAAGAACUGACUGAUUCCUUAUCAAAAUUCCAAUCAUGGACAUCUUCUGGGAUUGGAGUUUUCAUCAUUUUGAUCGAUUAAAUGGCGUCCAAGGUAAAAACUUGUGGCCUAA